AUGUCGUUUAUUGUCGGUGAAAACUUCUCACGCGAAUCGGGCGGAUUCGUCGUUGUGGGUGCGCACACCGACAGCCCUUGCGUCAGAAUCCGACCAAAUAAUGACGUCGCAAGCGAAGGGUAUCGAAUGCUGAGCGUUGAGACGUACGGUGGAGCUGAUGAAAGAACGGCGUUCAAGAUUAACAAAGAGAGUCACUUGCGUCCAGUACUUUGCUCAGAAAUCAAACGUCUUCUUGCGGAUACAGAUGAGAACAAAGUGCCCCCAAUUCAGAAACUUCUUGCAACAGAAGUUGGAUGCACUCCCGAUCAAAUCAUUGAUUUAGAUGUGUGUCUGAUGGAUGCCACUGACAGCCGACUUGCAGGAAUUUAUGAGGAAUUCGUUGAAUCGCCUCGUAUUGACAACCUUGCAAGCACAUGGGCCGCAAUGACUUCCAUUUCUGAAAUUACUCCGAAUCAAAUCGCUGCUAGUUCAGACGUCAUGGUCGCUAUUGCAUGGGAUCACGAGGAAGUGGGGAAGCGAGUCCCAAUCUGGGGCAGCUAG